AUGUCGACACUCAUCAAAGCCCUGCGACCCUUUGCUAGUUGCGACAUAGGAGAUGCACUUGUGAAGCUCAAAUAUCCUCUUGGUGGAUAUCUCAAUGGCAUCUCCAUCUGGAGCCCAGUACGGCAGGGUCACGGCGUCGCUCCUACGGUGAUUGGAGCGGCGGUAACUGUCAAGAUGGUUGACGCGAAAGACUCAUCUGCACCGACGCCCUCGAAACACUUUGCAGACUCCGCCGAACCUGGGAAGAUCAUGUACAUCCAACAACCCAAUGGCAUGCAAGCAGCUUGCUUCGGAGGACUCAUGGGUACGCGGCUGAAACAGAUCGGUGCAGCCGGCGUAAUCAUCGAUGGCCGCUUCCGCGACAUUCGAGAAAUGCAAGACUUGGGUCUACCUAUGUUUGCACGGUCCAGUUCCAUUCUUGGCUCCAAUUCAUUCACGAAAGCCUCGCAGCUGAACGUGCCGUUGCAGUUCAGCGGAGACCUCUGGAUCCAUCCAGGCGACAUUCUCGUAGGCGACGAAGAUGGAGUCGUCGUCGUUCCACCUUCGCUCGUGGAGCAGGUCGCUCAGCUGUGUCAUGAGCGGAAGGAGAUUGACGGGCGCACAUUACAAGACCUUUUGGACGGUGCAGAGAUGGGACCAACAAUCAAGAAGCAUCGAAAAUAA